AUGUCGGACACUCUUGAUCUGGGCGCGCCAUUUAGUGCAUGGCCAGAAGACACUCCGUGGCCCUUGCCGUUGGGAUAUGAAAUGCUGAAACAAAGCAACGAGAUCAGCGUCCGCAAAUUCUCCGGGAAAACGCGCACUCUGGUGUGCAAACAGCCAGACCCUCCCGAUACCUCGGCCAUGGCGCGCGAAAUCCAGAUCGUGCAGCAAGCGGGGGACUGCAGCGUAUCUUACCUGGGCCGCUACUACCAUGAGCGGCAGCAGCAAGUCCGAGGACUCAUCAUGCCCUUCGAGUCGGCGAUCGUUCCCUCUGCCAUCGAGACCCGCGCGGAACGUGUGGCGCUUAUCCACGAACUGUGCGACUUGACCAGACGGUUCCACUCGCGGGGUCUCGUGCACGGGGACAUCAAGCCCGACAACCUGUUGCGCUGCUCCGACGGCACUCUGCGGUUCUGUGACUUUGGCAACUCGUGCUUUGCUGGGGACGAACACCUGACGGCGGGGCCCACGAUGUCCUACGAGACGGCGAUGCGGUUCCGGGCGGUGGUGGAGAUGCCCCCGACCGUUGAAGAGGACUACCACUCGCUCGCGAUGACCAUCUGGGAGCUAUACACCGGCGGAAACGACUUCUGGAUCGAGGGCAUUUAUUUUAGGGGAGGCUGCAGCGACGACGAGACCUACGAUCUGGUCCGAGACUGCAUCGAGCUCGGGCGCUGCCCUGACAUGCGACGCAUCGACGAUUCCAACGUAGCCAAGCUCAUUCUCAAGUACCUGAGCUUGGGUCCAUCAGUUGAAGAUGUGGACGUCCAGACAAGGAUAAUGUGUUACCAAAAGACGUAUCGUCUUCGGAACUGUCGCUGUGUUCCAGAGUGCACCAUUGCUCGCAAAUUCACCUGCAUGACUUGUGAAGAGGCCCAGCCUCCGCCGAUGGUAUGCCCGCGAUUAUAUGUCGAGCCGUUCAUGCGCGACCCCGCAGUCAGCUCUCCAUCUUGCACGUGUUCCGCGUCUAGUAAGUAA